AUGGACAACUCUCAGUUCCGGAACCUCCUACAAAGCAACCAGAAUGCAGGUGCGCAAGGUGCUGCGGCCUCCCCGCCAGGCUUCAAGAAGCCCGCACUUGGUUCCAGAAGCCGCGCAUCAAUUCCCAUGACGCCUCGGUCGACCGCCGGCUACAAUGCCUCCAAAAUGUUCGCACAGCAGGUCACAGACUACCGAAAGGAGCAUGUUGGACAACCGCCAACGAAGAAGCUCAAGUCAAGCGCACCUAAAGGCACUAAAUUGGGAUCGGGCUACGAGGAUCGCACGCUCGCUCGGAGGGAGGGUGCAGACGAUGCUGAGACAACGGACGACAAACAGAAGCGGUUGAAGGCUCUGGAGGAGAUGUACAAACUACAACAGAUUGAUGAAGCUACGCUUGAAAAUCUCAAGAGCGAGAUCGGCAUUGGGGGAGAUCUCAACAGCACUCAUUUGGUCAAAGGUCUGGACUGGAAAUUGCUGGAGAGGGUCCGACGCGGAGAUGAUCUCAACAGCCCGCCUCAACCAGAGAAGAACAAAGAGAAAGCCAAGGUGGAUCUUGACGAAGAGCUCGAUCAUAUGCUUGAGAAGGAGGUUCAGGCCGUGGAUCGCAAUUUAGGGAAGCAGCAAGACGAUGCCGGCAUGGAGGUGGACCAGCCCACGACGCGCGAUGAGAUUUUACGAAGGCUAAAGGAGAGUCGAGCACAAAAGCAACAGGGCGCUCCUCCCGAGCCAGCGCUUGGUGACCGCUUCAAAAAGGUGGCCUCUGACAACCCGAACAAGCGGAAGUUCACCGAGGUGGUCAAUGGGCGGCGUCGGGAAGUCUUGCUCAUUACGAACAAGGAUGGCACGACGAAGAGGAAGACUAGAUGGAUAGACAUGGGGGACACUCCAGACAGCGCAGAGAAGCAACCUCUUGGCAUGGAAGUGCCGGCUGAAUUUGUCGCAAGACAACAAGCACUGACGACCCGAGACGAAGCCGAAGAUGAAGACGACGACAUCUUCCAGGGAGUCUCUGAUUACAACCCUCUUGCUGGGAUCGAUAGUGAUUCCGAGGACGAGGACCACGACAAGUCGGAACCAGCAGCAAGGAAAGAGAAGGACCCCUCGUCGAGCACUAGCAAGCCACGAAAUUACUUCGCGACAAGCAAUCAAGAUGAGGAGGCUGAAGACCGCACCAAUCCGAUCUUGAAAGAUCCCACGCUUCUUUCUGCCCUCAAACGAGCAGCGGGCCUGCAAAGGCAUGAUGACUCCGCCAGUAAUCAAGCCCUUGACUCGGAUCCCACCCGAGCAGCAAAGCAGCAGCAAUUGCUGGAGCGGCUGAAAGAGCAGAAUCGGGCAGACGCUGCGGACCUGGACCUCGGUUUCGGGGAGAGCCGAUUCGGAGAUGACGAGGAUGAAGAUGGGCCUGCGUGGGAGGAUGGCGAAGGGUCAUCGAAGAAAAGUGGACGCAAACGUGGGCCAAAGAAACGCAAGGGUGACAAAGACAAUGUUAAUGAUGUGAUGGCGGCGAUGCAAGGUCACGACAGGAAGUCCUAG